UAAAUAACAAAAUUUUUUGCAGAUAUCAUCAUCCAUCUUCACUCGUACUCGAUUUGGUUGACAUAUAGAAUGAGACAUAAACAUAAAAUAUAUGUGUCUAUGUAUUGUGUUUGGCAAAAAUAAUAAAUAAAAUAUACAAAUAUUUAAAAAAAUUAAAUUAUCCUUCAUUCAACCACAAGUUCUACCACCACUGCACACCCAUUACCCCAAACAUUGCAUGUCAUCACCAUUGAAUUUUUAUUUCUUUUAGUAUUUUUGAUUCCUUUCGAUAUCAUCUUAAAUUAUCAUUCAAAUAUUAAAUAUAUAAUUUUUUUUUUUGAAAAAAAAAACUGAAAACCAAAGUCCAGAAUUUACCAGAAGAGACAAAUCGAGAGAAAGAGAGAGAAACAGAGCAUAUCUGAAAGGUGAAAUUUGGAUAUGGAAAGUGUGGAGGAGAGAUAGGACGAAUUUGGAAGGGGAGUGCGGUGAGGCAGCCUCGACAGCGACAAUAAGGCAGAACGGAGAGGAAUGCGCGUCCAUAAAUUGGCAGAGUAAUGCGGCGGCGAAUGGUAAAUCAGACGGCAACGUCAAAGAGAGAGAAAGAGACGACAGUUGAGUUUCCAUUGGUGAUGGUUGAAGAAGGCAGAAGGAGGAGGAUUGUCACCAAUGAGAAAGAAAGAGGUGGUUGUAAAAUCUGAAAGAGGAAGAGGAAAAAGAAAGGUUCACGGAGAUAGGAGGACACAUUUUAGAAAUUUAAAAAUUGAAUAAGGGUAAAAGAGUAAAAAAUUAGUGUCCCACAAGUUGUGUCUCACCAAAUUAGAGAUACACAAAUUUGGUGUCUCUAUGUCCAUCCGUGUCCUUCGAAAAUCUGUGUCUCACCAAACCAAACAGCAGACGUGUCACCAUGUCCAUGUCUCAUUGAGACAUCAACCAAACGCUUGCUCAAGGACAUUAACAUCAUCAUCGAAAGGAGCCUAGACGUCAACAUCUCUUUCUUUACUUCUUUUUUCCACUUAGGAAGCUUUCCUAGGUUGUUUUACUUCACGCUUGGGUAGCAUCUGCUCCAAAGCAGGAGUGCUCCGUAAUUUCUAUAGUUGUUCGAUGACAGGAGAUUUCUAUCAUUUGUGAGUUGUCGAGAGUAUUCCUAGCCACUUCACUACAUGUGGCAUCUACCAAGAUCCACACUUGCUUUCGAACAGAGCAGAGCUGGCGAGGACAAUAGCUGGCAAGGUAGUGGCUGACGCGGUGGAACAGAGCUGGCGCUGGCAGGAAGUGGCUGCGCGAUGGUGGUUUCGAUUUUCGAAGCUCCAACAGCGGUGGCUGGACGGAAGUUACGCCAGUGACUUCGAGCUCAAAAUUGCGACAACAGCGGUGGUUGGACGGAAGUUAAGUCGGUGGUUUCGAUGACGAUGAGAGGAAGGAGAACUGGAGAAGCUCGAGGGAGUGCUAGGAAUGGGAGCUGCGCGUUUGUGGACUGUGGAGUAAAGGGUUAGGUAAUGGUUAGGUUUUCAGAAUAAAAACGGCGCUGUUUCUGAAAAAACCCAAAAACCUGGCCGUUCACAAUUCAGUUCGACUGACUGAUUGUUGGCCGGUUCAACGGUCUAACGCCGAUUUUUCAAACUUUUGAUUUUACCAUCUGUCUGAACUUUAGUGAAAAUAAAUAAUAAAUUAGUGAUUGUAAAACACGUGACACCAAAAAAAAAAAGGAUAGAAUCGAUGUUGAUCACCAUUCUCUUAUUCUAGAAUUCCCUCCCAGUCAAAAGAGGACUACUCCACUUUUCAGACAAACACCAUAGUUUAUGAUUCUACUCACGUGGAAGUACUGCACCCUCGAGGCAUGUGACCUACUUUUUCAGGGUACUUCGACAAAACCCCAACUCAAUUUUAAAAACCGAACGGUAGUGAAAACUGAAAACUGAAAAGUAGUGAUCGAAGAAGAGUUGAGUGAUGAGAAUGGAGAAGCAAAGGAAGGGUGUGAGAUUGGUGCUUCUCCCUUUGCCCUUCCAAGGCCACAUAAACCCUAUGCUUCAUCUUGCAAACAUUCUCUAUUCAAAGGGUUUCCCCAUAACCAUUAUCCACACAACCUUCAACUCUCCAAACCCCCUCAACUACCCUCACUUCACCUUCUGCCCAAUCCAAGAUGGAAUCACUACCCAAAGUGAUGAUUCCUCUUCUUUGAAUCUCUUGCACCUUAUUAUUCUUCUCAACAUCAGGUGUGUCACACCUUUGAGGGACAUGUUGGCUAAGGUAAUAUCCGAUGCAAGAGAUAAUGAGGAGCAUGUUGCAUGCUUGAUCUCAGAUGGUCUAUUUUAUUUCACUCAAGCUGUUUCCAACACUUUUGAGCUUCCAAGGAUUGCCUUGAGAACUAGUGGAGCAUCUUCAUUUCUUCCUUUUGUCUUAUUUCCACUUCUAAUAGAGAGGGGCUACAUCCCCGCACAAGAUUCUCAAUUGGAAGAAACAGUGACAGAGAUUCCACCACUGAAAGUAAAAGAUUUGCCAUUGAUCGACACCAAAGAACCUGAAAAAUACUACAAAGAAUUAUCCAACCUCGUUGAAGGUACCAAAGCAUCUUGUGGAGUGAUUUGGAACUCCUUCGAGGACUUAGAAUCAUCACCAUUAUCAUAUCUCCGCCAAGAAUUUCAAAUCCCAUUUUUCCCAAUAGGCCCUUUCCACAAAUAUUCAUCCUCGUCCUCGUCUUCGUCCUCAUCUUCGUCCUCGUUGUUAACUCAGGACCAAAGCUGCAUUUCCUGGCUAGAUAGACACAAACCAAAUUCCGUCAUUUACGUGAGUUUUGGCAGCCUCGCCGCGAUAACUGCCGCAAAAUUCAUGGAGAUAGCUUGGGGAUUAGCCUCCAGCAUGCACCCAUUUCUAUGGGUGAUCCGAAAGGGAAUGGUUAUUGACGAUGGCAAAGAGUGUCUAGAUCCGCCAUUUCCAGCCGGAUUCAUUGACAAUCUUGAAGGAAGAGGGUACAUUGUGAAAUGGGCACCACAACAAGAAGUUCUUGCUCACAAGGCUGUUGGUGCGUUUUGGACACAUUGCGGUUGGAACUCAACGUUGGAGAGCAUUUGUGAAGGUGUUCCCAUGAUUUGCAUGCCGUUUUUUACGGAUCAGAAGGUGAAUGCAAGGUAUGUGAGUAGUGUUUGGAAGAUUGGGGUGCAGUUUGAGGGAGAAGUGAAGAGAGAGGAGGUAGUGAAGAUGAUUAGGGGUUUGAUUGAAGGGAAUAAUAAGGAAGGGUCGCAGAUUAGAGAGAGGGUUUUGGAUUUGAAGGAAAAGGCUAGAGUUUCUUGGAAUCAUGGUGGUUCUUCGUAUACUUACUUGGACGCUUUGGUUAAUUUCAUUUUGUCAUUUGAACCAAAACGGUAGGUUCUGUUAGGAAACAUUAAGAAAAGAUCAUUAGUGAUCCUCUUGUUAGAUUUAUUGACAAUUCGAUUCAUCAAACGUUGGGAGGUAUAUUAUUGUUGUUCAUUUUAUGAUUUUAAUUGUAUUUUAAAUGCUAUAUCUAUUCUUAAACAACAAAAAUGCUAUUUACACA